AUGCUCGUUGAAUGCGCGGACCCUUUUGAAAAUCGUCUGCAAGGAUUCAGGCCGUCGAUAACUCAAUUCAAGGAAAAGGAAUGUAAUCAAUUUUUCGAAUCAAUUAUUGUCUGCUUCGGUGGAUUCGGCAAUGGACAAAAAAUAAAUGAUUUGUUGGCUUUGGCACCAUACGUGAGUCGUCUGAAUAUAGUUUAA